GGGUGAUUACCAGUAGUGGUCCAAAGGUGGCACGUGGCAUAUAUAUAUAUACUGAGGCUGUGGAAACCUUCUCGAGCACCACCUGGCUUGUGGUUUCUUUGGUUCCCCCUGGAAGAAUGGGUCCUUGCUUUGCUGUGGCGCUACUCGCUGUGGUCAUCGGCAGUGCCGUCGGAUUGGACAGAUGUGUCAUAGACUGUUCCAAGAGUUACAUUGAACACUUCACUGCCGAUCCUGUCAACUGCAAAAAUUACUAUAUUUGUUAUAAUAGCAUUACCCACAGUCCAUAUCCAUUCUCCUGCGAGGGUAACAAGUUUUUUGACAUCGUUUCCAACUCCUGCCGUGACUAUCCCUACUCUUGCACACCUAAAUGUGAAAAAUGUUCCUUUGACUGCUCUUCACAUGUUCUCGGGAAAAUAUCAAGUCCAGUUGACUGUGGUAUUUAUUAUAUAUGUAAUAGUGAUAUAUGGGUCACGUGUCCCUCAGAGGAGCCAUUCUUCGACGGCAGUGUUUGUCAGAAGGACAAGUAUAACUGCUGUGACUGCAAGCCUCGGUGCACCGCUCAUGACGCAGUUAAUUACAGCAUUGUUCCAGACCCCCGCAACUGCACCAACUAUUACCAGUGUUUGAAUGAAGGGAUCCCUACAAUCCAUGGUCACUGUCCAUACGGGAAUUUCGAUGCACAGCUAGGAAUAUGUAGUACAGACGCCCCUUGCAUACAGCCGUGUGCCUGGUGACACCAGUGUUAGGCAGACAGCAGCCCCAGAUGUCGCAGAGAAAACGGUGCCAGCACGGUCGUCAUCACCGGGUUCUUGAUGCAGCUGCCAUCACUGUACAUCCAGUCAUCUUGCCAUAUGUAAAGCUCUUGCAUGGUUAGUUGCUCUUUGUUAAUUUUUGCUUCCUAUUAAGGCAGCAUCAAGUAGCGAAAUAAGUAGUAUGUUAAUGACAUGAAAAAAUAAACACAUGAAAGCAAAA